AUGCAAUUCACUAUCGCCCUGCUCAGCCUCGCCAGCCUCGGCCUAAAUAUCUUCACUGCUCAGUCCGCCGCGGUUCCCGCCGUCGCGGUUCCCUUCGCUGACUUGGCUCGCCGCGCCGACUCGAUCAACCAUGUGUAUCGCGAUAACGAAAAGAGGCAGCACGAGUAUAGAGUAGAUGCUGACGAGAUCGCACACAACGAGAAGAGGCAGCACAAGUACGGUCCAGAUGAUGACGAGAUCGCACGUAACGAGAAGAGGCAGCACAAGUACGGCCCCGAUGACGAUGAGAUCGCACACAACGAGAAGAGGCAACACAAGUACGGCCCAGAUGACGAUGAGAUCGCACAUAACGAGAAGAGGCAGCACAAGUACGGCCCAGAUGAUGACGAGAUUGCUUGA